AUGGCCAAGGGAGAUGCCUCUUGGCACACAAUCAAAGAAGCCUUGGGUUGGAACUGGGGAGUGACAACAAAGACAUUGCAAUUGAAAGAGAAACGAGUGAGCAAGGCCCUGUCACUCGGGGGCGAGGUCUUGGAUUGCAAACGCGUCUCCCUGAAACAAUGGCAGCAGGUGUUGGGAGUCUUACGAAGCCUGCAGCCAGGAAUGGUGGGGUUGACUCCUGAGGUCCGUGAGCAAAUGGAAAUCUUCCAAGAUUUUCUUCAUAGCCAUGCAAAGCGCCCCACAAUACUUGAAGAACUGGUGCUAGGCGUUGACUUACACGUUGGCGCUUGCGAUGCGGCAAAGUUGGGAAGGGGAGGAGUGUGGUUCACAGACGAUGGAGAGGCCAUUGUCUGGCGCGAACCAUAUCAAGAAGUAGUGAAAAAAGAGGUUAUUUCAGAUCACAAUCUGACAGGAAAACUUACCAACUCAGACUCGGAGCUGGAAGGCACCGUUCUCCAUCAUUUUGUCCUUGGAAAGACCGCCCAGGUGGAAGGCGAAACCACUUAUACUGGCUGUGAUAACACACCUGCAGUGUUGUGGCGCACAAAAGGAUUGUCCACCUCUCAAAAGGCAAGAGCAAGAAUAUUACGGUUAGCGGCAGGAUUACAGCGGGAACAAAGAGCACAUCAUCGUAUUGGGCACUUAUCUGGAACAAACAAUCAAAUGGCCGACGAUGCUAUCCAACUGUGGCACCUGUCUGACGCCAAAUUUAUCUCAUAUUUUAAUUGCACGUAUCCACAGAUCAACUCUUGGCAACUGUACAGGAUGCCAAACGCCGUGAACUCCUUGAUGACAUCCGUGCUGUUGAACUCGGAAUCAAACACGGAGUCUGUCCUUCAAGAGUUGCAAAGGCACACUCUGUCUGGACCACAGCCUCACCCUCGACCCAGGAUUGUCAACGGCUGA